AUGCCGCUAAUCAAAGACCUAUUAGCAGAGGUGACCAAGGGAAAAGUUUUUUCCAAGUUAGACCUCCGGGAUGCGUACUUCCGGGUGCGCAUCAAGGAGGGAGAUGAGACGAAAUCCGCUUUUAACACUCCUCUGGGGCAAUUUGAAUAUCUGGUUAUGCCGUUCGGCCUUCAAGGGGCUCCUGGGGUCUUCAUGAACUUAAUCAACGAGGUGUUACAUGAACAUUUGUUUAAGGGGGUGCUUAUUUACCUAGAUGACAUUUUACUGUACUCCCCCGACCUCCCCUCCCAUGUCAAACUGGUCCGGAAG